UCUGCUUCACUGUCUGCAUCUGAAAUCCGGAACAAAAACAGUUAAUCUUAUGCUGGUUUUCUACGGUUUUUUUUGACAGAUUUAAUCUCAGACCUUCUGUAUCUGGAAAGAAGUGGCUGCCAUGGAAAGUACAGAUGAACCUUAAGGAACAAGUGUUCUGAAGCUAUCCUCCGUAAUGAAGCAGGUGUGAAAGUCAACUCCCAUUUGCCAAGUGAAACAAUGACUAUAAAAUCAGCAGUUUGCACGUUUGUGUGCUUUCUUCAGCUAUGCGUUGUAAAUGGGCAGGUAAUAUGUGAGAGGGAAAUGACUGCUGAAUGGCGAGUGGAACCAAAACCUAGUGUAAUAAAAUGGAAACCAAGGGAAAACAUCUGCUCAGACUUUUACACUGAAUGCUGGAACAUGAAUAAAAGUAUUACUGGGGAAAUCUCGGAAGAACAAAAUCUCAGUAUCCCUCAGAUAUGCCCCUUACAGCUUCAAUUAGGUGAUAGUCUCUUCAUCUCCUCUGAGCCAUCCUUUGAGUCCUACGGAAUGAAUGUGGUAAAUGUGUCUAAGGAAGAAUUUAUUAACUGCCCUAAAGCUAGUUUUCUUCAAGAGCAGUUGAUUUUUGUUUGCCAGAUAAGAGGACUGCACCAAGUUGACCCUAACUGGCUUGGUGCUGGAACUCAUUACUUUGCAGAGCUUCAUAAGAGAGGUCCGCUAUUGUGCAACAUGGGCCUCCGUCUGAACGUAACCGUGAAGCAGCAAUUUUGCCAACAGUCUCCAAACGCACCAUUAUGCUCUGGGCAUGGAAAAUGUCUAAGCCAUGUUUGGGAAAAAGCAUAUAAUUGCCAUUGUUUCUCACAGUAUUCUGGAAGAUUCUGCCAGAAGUUUGAUAUGUGCUCCACUAAACCUUGCCACAACAAUGCCUCCUGCACUGAGAAAUCAGAACUUUCUGGAGAUUCUUAUGAAUGCACAUGUCCUCCAAAAUUUUCAGGUAAAAAUUGUACAGAAAUAGUUGGACAGUGCCAGCCCCAUACAUGUUUCAAUGGCAACUGCAGCAAUGUUACUCCAAACACUUUUCUUUGUGAAUGUGACAAGGGCUUUACAGGUCCAUUUUGUGAGGAACCUGGUGAUCCUUGUGCAUCUCAGCCAUGCCUGAAUGGUGGCAUAUGUCAAUAUAGUCAGUCUGGAUAUGUUUGUGAUUGUCCUGCUGGUUUUCUUGGUCACAAUUGUGAAAUUGAUAUCAAUGAAUGUUCUUCAAGGCCAUGUCAGAACAGAGGUACAUGUAUCAAUUUGCCAAAUGAUGUGGCAUGUAUCUGUCUGCCAAUAUUCACUGGCAAGUUCUGUGAGAGAAUACUGAAUCCCUGUGAAUUAUUGCCUUGCUUAAAUAAUGCAACUUGUGUAGCUCAACAGCAGAACUAUAACUGCCGCUGCAUGCCAGGAUUCACUGGAAAGAACUGUGAGGAAGUAAUUGACUACUGCAGGCUGCUCAGCAUCAACUGUCUGAAUGAAGGAUUGUGUCUUAAUAUAAUUGGAGGAUUCACUUGCCUCUGUGCCCCUGGAUGGACAGGAGAAUUUUGCCAAUUUGCUGAAAAUGCAUGUUUAAUUUACCCAAAUAGUUGUUCUGAUGGAGCAACUUGCAUCGAUAUGAGCCACCUGAGAGAGCAGCCUUCAUUUCAGUGUUUGUGUCCUCGUAAUUUCACAGGAGAAUUCUGCGAGGUGCAAAUUGGUAACUGUGGUUCCAAUUCAUGUGAAAAUGGAGGAACGUGUGUUGAAUAUGAAGAUCACUUUAAGUGCACUUGCCCUAUAGGUUUUGAAGGUGAAAGAUGUGAACUGGAUAUUGACGCCUGCCUAUUCUACAAUGUAAGCUGUGCCCCAGGAGCACUGUGUAUGGAUAAAUCUCAUGGAUUUAAUUACACAUGUUUAUCACCAUGUGUUGGAAGUACAGAGUUAUGUGCAAGUGGAGGUAGCUGCUUCUAUGAUGAAGAAAACCAGAGAUCUCACUGUGUCUGUGCUCUUGGAUGGACUGGACAAACAUGCCUGGAGAAUAUUAACGACUGUGAGGUAAACCAGUGCCAACAUGGAGCCACAUGUGAAGAUGGAAUUAAUGAAUACAGGUGCAUAUGUCCCCUUGGUUACACUGGCACAUUUUGUGAACAUGAUGUAGACAAUUGCAUUGGAAACCAGUGCUCUGAAUACGGUUUCUGCCAGGACCACUUGCAUAAUUACAGCUGUAACUGUGUGCCUGGAUAUGAAGGACCCUUCUGUGAAGUUGAAAUUAAUGAAUGCUCAAGUUCACCUUGCAAAAAUGGAGCUACCUGUAUAGAUUUAAUCGGCCACUUUUCAUGUCAUUGUGCUGCUGGGUUCAAAGGUGAAACAUGUUCUUUUCACAUGAAUGAGUGUCUAGACAGACCCUGUUGGAAUGGAGGAACCUGUGAAGAGGACAUAAAUGGCUUCAAAUGCAAUUGCCCCCUUGGUUUUUCAGGCCAGUACUGUGAAAUAGAAAUGAAUGAGUGUGAUUCAGCUCCCUGCUUGAAUGGUGCUGUCUGUCAGAAUGAUGUCAACAGCUAUGAUUGUUUUUGCCCUGAAGGUUUUGAAGGUCUGAACUGUGAAAUCAACUUUGAUGAGUGCACUUACGGCUUCUGUAAAAGCAAUUCAACUUGUGUAGACCUGGUUGCAGACUACCAUUGUGUUUGUCCUCCAGGAUUCACUGACAAAAAUUGUUCCAUGGAUAUUGAUGAAUGCUCCUUCAAGCCCUGCAAAAAUGGAGGCCAUUGCCAUGAUUUGAUUGGUGAAUUUUACUGUAGCUGUUUGCCAGGUUUUACUGGUCAGUUUUGCGAAGCCGAUGUUGCUGCCUGCCUCUCACAACCAUGUGGAGCCUCCAGCAUCUGUAAAGAUAUAUUGGGUGGCUAUCUUUGUUUCUGUGCACCUGGUUUUAUAGGUAAUAACUGUGAGAUUGAGGUGGAUGAGUGUCUUAGUGACCCUUGUCACAAUGGAGCUACUUGUGUUGAUCAUCUGAAUGCCUUCAGUUGUGUCUGUCAGGAUGGAUUUCAAGGCACAACCUGUGAAGCAAAUAUAAAUGAAUGUCACUCUUCUCCAUGUCUUCAUAAUGCAUCAUGUGCAGACCUUACUGGUGGCUAUGAAUGCAUCUGUCUACCUGGCUUUACUGGUGCGAGAUGUGAAACAGAUAUAGAUGAGUGUGCUUCCUUUCCCUGCAAGAAUGGAGCCACCUGCAUUGACCAACCUGGUAAUUACUUCUGCCAAUGUAUGGCUCCGUUUAAAGAAAUUUAUACAGGUUUGAACUGUGAGUUUAGGCCUUGUGAGGCCAGCAAUCCCUGUGAGAACGGAGCUGUGUGCAUAGAAGAAAUGAAUUUGGACGUUUUUCCCCUUGGAUUCCAGUGCCAGUGUGUGAAGGGCUUUGCAGGUCCACGUUGUGAGAUCAAUGUCAAUGAGUGCAGUUCUAACCCUUGCCUCCAUGGAUACUGCUAUGACAUUGUCAAUGGCUUCUAUUGUUUGUGCAACCCAGGAUAUGCAGGACUGAAAUGUGAUCAGGACAUUGAUGACUGCGUAAUCAACGCUUGUGAACACAAUUCUACGUGUGUUGACCUACAUCUGAGAUACCAGUGUGUUUGCCUGCCUGGAUGGGAAGGAACAUUUUGUGAAAAUGAAUCAAAUGAAUGUAAUUCAGAGCCUUGUAAAAACAAUGGCACCUGCAUGGAUCUUUUCAACAGCUAUCAAUGCACUUGUACAGCAGGGUGGACAGGGCCAGACUGCAGUGAAGAUAUAAAUGAAUGUGAUUCUGAACCGUGCUUGAAUGGAGCCACCUGUUAUGAAUCUGUUAAGCAAGGACAGUUUGUAUGCAUUUGUCCUCCAUUUUAUACUGGUGACUUCUGCCAUCAGCGCUUCAGUCCCUGUGAGCUGCCUUACAAUCCAUGCAUAAACAAUUCAACCUGCUUGGCACAAGUCGAUGGAAAUCCAAUGUGCGUUUGCAAAACAGGAUUUGAGGGUACUUACUGUGAAGUUAACAGUGAUGAGUGCAUCUCCCAUCCAUGCCAGAAUGAAGGUCUCUGUGUGGACGGGGUUAACCAUUACAGGUGCUCCUGCCAACAUGGCUUUACUGGGACACUAUGUGAAGUGGAGAUUAAUGAGUGCUUAUCGAGACCCUGCAAAAACAAUGGAACGUGCCUGGAUCUCGUAAACAGAUUCAUCUGUAGUUGUGCACCUGGAUAUUACGGGUCUCUGUGUGAGAUGGAUGUAAAUGAGUGUGAAACUUCGCCUUGCUUGCAUGGAGGAAGCUGCAUCAACAGGCUUGGAGGCUAUCAGUGUUCCUGUCCCCUUGGCUUCACAGGUGAUAGAUGUGAAGUAAAUAUAGAUGAAUGUAUGUCUACUCCUUGCCUCAACAAUGGAAGUUGCAUUGAUGACAUCAGUUCCUAUAAGUGCCACUGUAGGAGAGGUUUUAUUGGAACAAACUGCGAGAUAAAUGUUAAUGAAUGCUUGCCAGAUCCCUGUCUUCAUGGAAGAUGUAUAGAUCUCAUUGAUGGAUAUCAAUGCUCUUGUGAAUCAGGAUGGACCAGCUCAAGAUGUGAGAUAAAUAUUAAUGAAUGUGAAUCUGCUCCCUGCCUUAACGGAGGUUCUUGUCAAGAUGCAGUCAACGCUUUUGUUUGUACUUGCCUGAGUGGGUACACUGGCAGGUUUUGUGAAGUUGAUGUUGAUGUUUGCAGUGAGCCUGCGCUGAAUUCAGUUCUCUGUCACAAUGGAGGUGUAUGUGUUGAUGGACCUGGAAGAACUUUUCAUUGCAGGUGUCUUACUGGAUUUUCUGGACAGUUUUGUGAAAUAGAAGUUAAUGAGUGUAAUUCAUCACCUUGUCUGCAUGGCUCAACCUGUGAAGAUCAUAUCAAUGGAUACACUUGUAAAUGUCAACAAGGAUGGGAAGGCCUCCAUUGUGAGCUGGACGUUGAUGAGUGCAUAUCCAACCCCUGCAUACAUGGCAUCUGUGUUCAGAAGGACCCCAGCUUCGGUUAUGCCUGUUUUUGCAAGCCAGGAUUUGUGGGACGAAGCUGUGAGCUUAAUUACAAUGAUUGCCUUAUACAGUCCUGCUCCACUGGGUUUCUUUGUGUUGAUGGAAUAAACAAUAUCACCUGUUUACCUACUAUCCCCCAAAGCAAGAAAACUGUCACUGAAGUGGCUGAAGUGCUUCCUGCUGAGAUUUUAGACAAUGACCUUCCAUCAGCCCUGGCUGUGUCUAUGGAACUUUGGUCUAAACAUGCUUCUGAUUUUCAUACAGGAGAGGUGUCCCAAGAUUUUAGUUGUGCUUGCUAUUACGGUGAUUCUUACCUGGAAUUUCAAGGCUUGCAUUUGAAUGUGCAAAACUUCAUCCAGUUGGAAUUUAAGACCUAUAAACCUCAUGGACGACUCCUGCAUAUUGAACAGAGCCCAGAAACAAAAGGGCAUUUUUUAAUUCAGCUUUUCAUCAAACAUGGCACCUUACAGUACCAGUUUUUAUGUGAUGAAGCAGCAGAAGUCAAAAACAUCACUACUACUGCUAGAGUGGAUGAUGGACACUGGUAUAAAGUGCAAAUUAGGCAAGGCAUGGUACCGUGUGAAGCAGAAAUGUCAAUCCUGGGGAUAUCUGCAAAGACAAGUAUACCUAGAAAUUUCUGGUCCAGUUCAUAUUGGCUUGAAACAGGAUCCAUAUUUGUUGGUGGUUUGCCUCAUCAUUAUGCAAUAAAACAGAUACCUGGACCUGUCUACAAUUUCACUGGCUGUAUACAAGUCGUAGAAAUCAAUAAUGUGGGACCUUUCAACUUCUCUAAGGCUAUGGGAAGAAAUAAUGUCGACAAUUGCAGGAUUCCUGUAUCCACACAUCCGUCAACAGCAUUCCCUGUGGUUUCUUCUGAUGUGCCCAAGUUGCCUGAGCCUGUUGUGGCCUCUCAGAUUUCCCCCAAAUUGCCAUCCGUAUGCCAGGAAGGACUGUGCCAUAACGGAGGGACUUGUCAUCCUCUCGCUCUGCCUACCGGGGCCGCCUCGUUUCAGUGCGACUGCCCGCUGCACUUCACCGGUCGGUUCUGCGAAAAAGACACAGCACUUUUUUUCCCAUCCUUCACUGGAAAUUCUUAUUUGGAGCUACCUUCUGUGACAUCUGUAUCUGAGACCAGGACUGCAUCUGGGCAGGAAACAAGCAAUCUGACGACUCUGUACUUGACAGUGAAAACAACUGCUCUAAAUGGCACAAUUCUUUACACUAGUGGAAGGAAUUUGAGAGAACAGUUUCUUCACUUGUAUCUUGUGGAGGGAAGACCAACAGUUCGAUUCAGCUGUGGAAACUCUCAGAACAUUCUGACUGCAUCCGUCAAUCAAUCCAUUAGCAAGGGUAUACUCAUCCCUAUCACGAUAAGCUAUGUGUUGCCUGUGAGCGGUCCUGAAGGUUACUGCAUGAUUGAAAUGGCUGCAGAUGGAAAUCCUCCUGUGCAGCACAGACUUUCUCUCUUAUAUCGAGCAUCUCAGAUCACCUUUGGAUCAAUCUUCCUUGGAAAUGUUCCUGUUCAUGAAGAGGUUCAUCAAUGCGCUGGGCACAUACGUGGCUAUAAAGGAUGCAUUAGGGAUUUUCAAGUUAACAACAAAGAGUUGUUCAUCACAGAUGAGGCUCUUGGAGGGAGGAAUGUUGAGAACUGCAAUGUUCCAAUAUGUGAUUAUCAUCCAUGUCACAAUGGUGGAACCUGCACUAGUGAUGCAGAAAAUUGGUUUUGUGAAUGCCCUAAACUCUACUCUGGAAAACUCUGCCAGUUCGCAACUUGUGAUGAAAAUCCAUGUGGAAGCGGUGCUACGUGUUUUCCGAAGUCCAGGCGAGAUGCUGUUUGCCUUUGUCCAUAUGGAAGAUCUGGCAUCCUCUGCAGUGAUGCUAUUAAUAUUAGUCAACCAAGUUUCAGUGGCACAGAUGACUUUGGCUAUACCUCAUUCCUAGCCUAUUCUACAAUCCCAAAUAUCACCUUCUACUAUGAAUUCCGCUUGAAAUUCCAGUUGGCAAACCACCACUCAGCUUUACAAGAGAACCUGAUUUUUUUCACUGGACAGAAGGGCCACGGUCUGAAUGGAGAUGAUUUCUUGGAGUUAGGCCUCCGUAAUGGCAGAGUAGUAUAUAGCUACAAUCUAGGUUCUGGCACAGCAACAAUCAUUAGUAAACCACUUGAUCUGACACUCAAUAUUCAUGUCAUCCAUCUUGGCAGAUAUCUCCAAAAAGGUUGGCUGAAGGUGGAUGAUCAGAAGAAUAAAACCGUCACUUCUCCUGGGAGACUGGUUGGACUCAAUGUCUUCAGUCAGUUCUAUUUAGGAGGCUAUCGCGAGUAUACUCCAGAACUCCUACCAAAGGGAUCCAGAUUUAAGAAUGGCUUUCAAGGUUGCAUUUUUGAUGUUCAAGUUCGCACCAGCAUGAAUGAAGAGUUUAAAGCACCAGGGAUUCCAGAAGGUCACCCCAAUUCUGGUCGCAGUGUUGGACAAUGUAAAGAAUCCCCAUGCAGUUUAAUAAAAUGCAGAAAUGGUGGGAAGUGCAUAGACAGCGGCUCUACUGUUUACUGUGACUGCCUCACUGGAUGGAAGGGUGCAUUCUGCACCGAAACAGUGUCAGUAUGUGAACCUGAGCACGAUCCUCCACACCUGUGUAAGCAAGGCGGUACCUGUGUGCCACUGCCCAAGGGCUACACGUGUCACUGUCCUCUUGGAACAACCGGUACCUAUUGUGAACAAGCUAUUUCCAUUAGUGAUCCAUCUUUCAGAAGUAAUGAAUCAUCAUGGAUGUCAUUUGCACCCUUUUAUAUCCGGCAUAAGACCCACAUCAAACUGCAGUUUCAGCCUCUGUCUGCAGACGGUAUCCUGUUUUACGCUGCACAGCAUUUGGGUACUCAAUCAGGUGACUUUCUAUGUAUAUCAUUAGUAAACGGAUUUAUACAGUUGCGCUACAAUCUCGGAGACAAGACAGUCAUCCUACAGACCUCUCAGAAGGUCCACACAAAUGGAAAUACAUGGCAUUCACUCAAAGCAGGAAGAGUUGGUAAUGAAGGCUACCUGGACCUGGACGGUAUCAACGUUACUCAAAAAGCGAGUCCGGGAAUGAACGCGCUAGACACGCACACGGAUUUUUUUGUUGGCGGGGUAUCCUCCUUAAACCUUGUUCAUUCAAUGGCAAUAGAAAACGAACCCACAAGUUUCACCGGUUGUAUACGAGAAAUUGUUAUAAACAACAGGGAACUGAAGCUUACUGUGAUGGACCCUAAAGGUGGAGCCAACGUUGGUGACUGUGACGGAACAGCGUGUGGGUACACGGUGUGCAAAAAUAAUGGAACGUGUCAAGUUGAAAGCUCAGGCUUUUCUUGUUCUUGCCCACCAGAGUGGGUAGGGAGCACAUGUGAACAAUCUAUUCACUGUUCACAAAACAGGUGUGGGUUUCAAGCUCUCUGUAUUCCCCAACCUACUUCGUUUUCCUAUAUCUGUGUAUGCUCACUAGGCUGGUCAGGUAAGUACUGCGAUAGCAAAAUCAAAUUUUUUAUAGCGAAGUUCAUUGGCAACUCCUACAUCAAAUACACAGAUCCUUAUUAUGGAAAAAGAGACCUCCAGUAUAGCCGCAUUUCUUUAAAUUUUACUACCAAUCAAACUGAAGGCUUAAUAGUAUGGAUGGGAAAAGGUGAAGAUGAAGAUAAUGAUUUCCUUGCCAUUGGUCUUGCCAAUGGAACGUUAAAAGUUGUGAUUAACCUUGGAGAAAGAAUCUCUGUUCCUCUAAUUCAUAGCAAAUACUCCACCUGCUGUGAUGAAAGAUGGCACUUUGUUACUGUAGUUCAAAACCAAACUUGUAUUAAGGUGUAUCUUGAUGAGGAGCUAAUUCUUUUUGAAGAUAUUGAUCCACACAGAAAAUACACUGCUUUAAACUAUGGUGGCAUUUGUUAUUUUGGUGGGUUUGAAAUUGGCAGGAAAGUCAAUAUAGUCACGACAGGGCUUUUUCAGAAGGAAUUCAUUGGUAAAAUUAAAGAUGUUGUGCUCUUCCAAGACUCUAAUAAGAUUCAGCUAAUGAAAGCAGAAGGGUAUAAUGUUUACAGUGGAAAUUAAUUGAAAAACUGUUUAAGACUCUUUAAAGAAGUGAGAAAUUUUGUUUUCCUCCUGUUUCUUGUGUUAGCUGGCAGUGUAAGACUCAGGAACCAACAUAAGAAAGCACUUAAUAAAAUUGUCCCUAAUUCCUUUUUUUUUUAAAUGUUGAGUAUUAAUAGCAUAUAUAAAAUGUGAUCAGAUGUUUUGCUCAUAAAAUUACUUACGCAUACCCUUUAGUAUUUACUUUAAAACAAUGGGAAAGUCUGCAGGUUUUUUUCUUUACUGUGCUGGAAAUAGUUUUGUAGACAAAUAGGUAGUAAUCAGCUUCUAAAGCCAGCCGUCGCUCCAGUAUUUUUUGUUGCCUCAUGAGAACAGACAACUUACCUGUUUCUCCAAAACUCUUACAUUUUAUUAGAAUGCAGAGUUUCUCUUCUUACAAUUUUGUAAUAUUACAGUCAAGCAUAAGAACUGAAAUUGAGGCAGGGAGAAAAGGUGUACUUGGGGCAAAAGGCGCAUGUUUAUUGUAAUGAGAAUUUUUAUCGUAACAUCUGUAAUUACUUGUGAAGUCCACAAAGACUCUAUUCUAGGUAAUGAAGUUGUUCUCCCUCCCUUCUGAGCCUCUAUCCAUUGUGUGUGCAUUUAUGUAAAAGGGAAGAAUUUAAGCCUGUCUUCACACUAAAAUAUUGAAGAAUGACUUUAAGAGCAGAAAAGGUAUAUGUCCCUUAACUACUGAACAGAUAUAAAAUAUGCCUGCUGGUUUUCUCCAGCAGACGUCUUCCCUGUUCGACUACAUGAAAACUUUUGGUUUUAACCAUUCACAACUGGAAUGUGGGAAUGUGGCAGUCUGCCUACAAAUAACUACAAAGUCCAAGAACUGCUUCGCUUUAGCUAUACAUUUCUGGCUUAUAUGCCCCUAAAUGAGAUUUUGAAAUUUUACUAGACAAAGGUUUUGGCCACAGUAAAUUGAAUUUCCAUGACUCUAUUUUUCAUGAAUUUAUAAUCUCAAAAGUAAACAUAGCUCUUCAUAUAUAAAUGCAAAAAUCCUAUUCCUUCUGAAAAAGCUCAGUUAUAUUCUACUUUAGUGAGCAAUAAAAACAAAAUAAAUCAAGUUCUGUUUUAAUGUGCUUAAACAAAUGAUUUACGAUGGUAUCUACAUUUCUCAUUUGACUGCUGGCUUGCUAUAUAAGCAAAAUACUUAAAUAAAAAUAAUGGUGAU